UGGGGGUGUAGUCUUUUUCACAGCAACUUCGUAUUAACACCUUCAAUAAUAAGUAAUAUUUUUUAGGUUUAACAAUAAUUGUCACUCGCCAGUUAAAAAUACAUCUUCAUUUAACUCACUUUCAUGAGACUGACAGGCGGGCCGUCGAACUGCUACCCCCCUGCGGACUGUGUUGGUAUGUUCCGGCUCUGAAGCACAUGUUAGCUGUGUAUAUGUGAGGGUUGCACUAACGUUGCAACAUGUGGAGGAUCAGUACGCGCUGAUUCACAAACUUUACAGCUCACCUAUGCAUUUCGAUUACAUCUACAUUAGAGAGAGAAGAGUCGGUACAGACGGUCAGUGUUGACGUGGUGGUUAAACUGCUGCCGGCGGCUUUGGACCCGGGCUGCUGCUGCUAACGGACUUUUUAUAAACUGCUUAUUUAAACUCUGAAGACUUUGAAGACUCCUCAGUGUCACCAUGAGCCCCAAGGUUUGCAAGAACUGCGGCAGCUCGGACAUUGAUGUGGACCAGGCGCGUGGAGAUGCAGUCUGCAUGGGCUGUGGCUCAGUGCUGGAGGACAACAUCAUUGUGUCUGAGGUGGAGUUUGUGGAGACUGGAGGUGGCAGUUCGCUGGCUGUCGGGCAGUUCGUGUCCUCAGAAGGAAACAAAAAUCCAGUUUUCGGAGAUGGACACGGAAUGGGCUCAGAGUCUCGAGCUCAGACGCUGCACAGAGCCAAGCAGCAGAUCAACACUCUGGGUCACCAGCUGCAGAUGAACAAGCACUGUCUGGACACGGCCUACAACUUCUACAGGAUGGCUCUGACCAAACACCUGACUCGUGGACGCAAGGCGUCUCACAUCAUCGCUGCCUGCCUCUACCUGGUCUGCCGCACCGAGGGGACGCCGCACAUGCUGCUGGACCUCAGUGACAUCCUGCAGGUGAACGUCUACGUCUUGGGAAAAACAUUUCUGGCUUUGGCCAAAGAACUCUGUAUCAAUGCCCCAGCUAUAGACCCGUGCCUGUACAUCCCCCGCUUCGCUCACAUGCUGGAGUUUGGUGAGAAGAACCACGAAGUCUCCAUGACGGCGUUGAGACUGGUGCAGAGGAUGAAAAGAGAUUGGAUGCACACAGGACGGAGGCCAUCUGGUCUCUGUGGAGCAGCUCUUCUGGUCGCCGCCCGUAUGCACGACUUCUGUCGAACCACCAAAGAAAUCGUCAGUGUUGUCAAAGUCUGUGAGUCCACUCUCAGAAAAAGACUGAACGAGUUUGAGGACACGCCCACUAGUCAGCUGACCAUUGAGGAGUUCAUGAAGGUGGAUCUGGACGGAGAGUGUGACCCUCCGUGCUACACAGCAGGACUGAAGAAGAAGAAGUUCCAGCAGGUGGAGAUUGAGCUGAAACAAAAGAUCGAUGACGUCGAAGAUGAAAUCCUUUGGUACGAAGAUGAGAUAGACACAGAGAUUCAGAAGUGCCGACCUAAACUGAGCGGAAUCUACGCCGCUUACGCUAAAGAAGAAAAAACCACCGCUGAUGACAUCACGUCAACGCCAACUGCAGAGGCCACUGACGAGGAGCUGGAGGAGGACGAGCUGGAGGCCGUGGCCAAGCACUUUGGUAAAGAUGUGGGCGAGCUGACGCUGGAGGCUCUGAUCGAACUUGAGAAGAAGAGGCAGGAGGGAGAGGAGGAGGACGGAGGUGUUCCCAGGCAGAAAGGUCCAUCGCUGGAGACCAUACUGGGGAAGAUGUCCACAUCAUCCACUCUGGGUCUUUCUGACUCCAUCAGCAAGUGCAUCGGAGAGGAGAAAGAGAACCAGGAAGGUGGGGACGAGGACAGUGGGGAGCUGGACCUGAGUGGCAUCGAUGACAAAGAGAUCGAUCUGUAUCUUCUCAGCGAUCAUGAGGUGAAGGUAAAGACGGCCCUCUGGAUGGCAGAGAACUCUGACUACCUUAAGGAGCAGAAAGAAAAGGAGGCAAGGAUAGCAAAGGAGAAGGAGCUGGGGACGUACAAGGAGAAGAAGCCGAGAGGCCCCUCGAAAAAACGUGCUCCCAUCAGAGCCAGCACGGCGGACGAGGCCAUCGAGAAGCUGCUGGAGCAGAGGAAGCUGUCCACCAAGAUCAACUACGACGUGCUGAAGGACGUCAACGUCAAACCCGGGUCCAGUCCUGCCCGCCAGAAGGAGACCCCGAAGAAAGAGCCGUCGUCCGUCAAACUGACUGGACGGAACAGAGGCUCCCCGCGAAAUGCGCUCAGCCUCAGCACGCCGCUAAGCACUCUGGGAAAAAGGCUGCAGCCCUUCAUCAGUGGACAGGCCAGUAAGAAGAUGGCCGUGGGUCAGGUUGCCAACCCAAACCCUCUGCCAGUGCCGGUGGAAAACCCCACGGGUGAAGGCGUGGUGGUGGAGAGUGGCCCGGUUGUCUACGAUGACGCUGCUGCCGAUGAUGAAGAGGAGGAGGAGGAGGAGCCCUGUGUCAGCGCCAUGGAGCUGAUGGGGAGCAACAAUUACGGCUCCGACGCAGAUUACGACGAGGGAUUCUAGCAGUUUCCUGGAUUAGCGAUGUUUGGGCAAAACGAAAAUGGCUAGCAAUUGAGAAUAGUGACUCCUGGUGGCGAAAGUGUGCACAUGAACAAACUGAGCCGUGGACACCAGGGAGAGGUCAUAGGAUCAGGACGGUUCAGGGUCUCCAGGACCUUUGUGGAGUGAAGGUCAGGAAAAGGUCCAGACUGAGAGAGAAAAAUAAUAGUUUACAUUUUUGUUUUUGUUUUCACGAAAACUAAGUGACUGUAUUCAGUAAAUGCUGUGAUAUACAGUCAUUGAACUGCUGCUAAAACAAGUCUUAUCAUCUUUACUUAAGUACUAACACUUUCAUCAGUUUCUUCCUCACUGAGAGCAGGAGUUCUGACUGACGGACUCUGACUCUCAUACUUGAAGAAAUAAAAAAACAAUAGUGAACAUAUCCCUUUAACACAGCACUUUGACUCCAGGACACUGGGGACUUGAACUGGUCACUGACUGGUUCACCUGACUUGUCUUUGCACUCCUGCGUCAUGCUCUUCAGGGAACAGGAGGCGAGUUGAUCAGGAGACGCAGGUCGGUCCUGACGCUCUCACUUUAUUCACUCCUGUCUUUCCUCUGUUUCUCCUCCAUAUUUACUGAUGCCUUAUCAAUAACUACUGACCCACCGGCGACAGACGGCUGUCGUCCGUGGGUCCGAAGCCAAAGUCUGACAGUGAUGCUGCCUUUGAACCAGAGGGAUUCAACAGAGACGUUAAUAUAAAAUGUUCUCAUUUCAAAGACUUUUUUUUUUUUCUUCUGUUGUUUUUAUUUUGCGAUUCCUCUCCCUCUGUGUCACAUGAGGAGUGACUGAUUGAAUUAACUUCCAUUUUUUUUUGUUAAUGAUUUUCCUGACUCCUCACCGAGACACAAAGUCACUACAAUCAUUUAUUUUCCUGUGACCAGAGGGAAGUCGCUGGGAGAAAAGAUCUGCUUGUUAUUUAUGAUUUUAUGAGGGUGUGUGCUGUGGAGUGACCAAGGUGGAAGGUUUUACUGUGUUUAAACCUGUCUGCUGCUGCUGAUGACGAUGAUGGUAGUGAUGAAGGUGGUGCUGUGAAAUCUGUUAUUUUGUUUGAUUUUGCUGCUACAGUAAAGAUUUCACUCAACUGUUUCUAAAGUCUUUCCUCUCAUUUUUGACAAAGAGCUGAAGUUCAUUUUGGACCAAGUGGUUCUUCAGAACCUCCUCUGUCUUCUGGUUCUGGUCCCUACGUCUCUGGUCCCUGGUGUUUCAGUCUUAGCUUCAGGUACCAGUUUGGGACAAAUUUGCAAAUGUUUUAAAUUUCACCUCCAUUUACUCAUACGUGACGGUCAGACCCGCAGCCAGUGACAACUCACUUCAGUGAUUCCCAACCUAUUUUGGCCCGUG